CUGCUGCUACAAAAGCGAGCUGUCGAGGAGUUUUUAAAUGCUCUUAACAGCGUCUUAACAAACAAUGUCUUUAUUUUUCUGGGGUUAGAGCCUCCCCUGCACACGUCCCCUGCAUUUUUAAAUCUGCCCAGCCCGUCUGGACGGUCCCCUUUGUCCUCUUAUAUUGUUAGACGCAUGCCAUCUGUUCCAUGUUAUUAUUAUAGGCGGCUUUAGAUUUAAAGUAGCACCACUUCUGCUGGUCCCUUUCGCCCAGGAUAUUUAGUCCCAGUAUCUGCAACUUCUUAAACAUAGUUCUUCGUGUAUGUAGUGUAAUUUUGAACAAGGACACCCCCAAUUUUAGUUUUUUUCUGUAUUGUUUUUCCUUUCUCUGUAAUCACCCAAAGUCUAUAUUUUAACUUAACGGUGUUCGGUUGCCUGGUGACGUCACCGUCCCAGCACGGAGUCCCAUUUUUUUCAGCGGCAGGCUGUGGAAAAGAAAUCCAACAGGAUGCUUUUCACUCUCAGCCUGGGCUGCCGCCGCUGCAAACACUGCUCAGCAUUUCCAGACUUUCUGUACGGGUCACUCGGCCGAAUGUGAAACUUUGUACCCGGGCGAUGUAUCGAGGAGCGGCGGUGUUGUUAAAGAAGAGAGCCGACGAUGAGAACGUGGACUCCGGAGCUGAGACUGCCGAAUCUGACUGCAGCAGGAUGUCAUCAUCUGGCACUGAGCUCAUGACCAGGCGAGUCAGGCUGCAGCAGCAGCAGCAGCUCUUGCUAAUGAACUUGCAUCUGCUGGCCAACCCUGGAGACUCCCUGCUGCUGCAGCACACCUUGGAUCGCCUGCUGCGCUGGCUCUGCCCAAGCCUCCGCAUCUUCCAUGUGUCGGAGAGGGCCUCCCCGUUCAGAAGUUACAUCCGCCUCUGUCCUGUGGCAGGCUACCCUUCCCUGGCCAUCACUUUCUUCCUCCACGAGGCCUAUGGGGAGGAACGAAUCCUCAAAGUGCUGGACUUCUUUCAAAGGCCUCCCUGGCAGUACCAUCACACUGAGAGCUGCGGCAACCGAACAGCAGGGAUCCACAUUACCUCCAGCAGCUCCCCCACCAACGCCCUACUGCGGCCCUACCUCCUGCCCAGCAGAGACUUCUAUAGUUUGGGUGCAGGGAUGCCUGUGUGGGGGGUACGACCGGUGCACUGUGGAGGAGAAAUACUGCGUGUGACACUGUACAGUGGAUAUGACAACUAUGAGGAUGCUGUGCGGCUGUAUGAGACAGUGCUGCAGAGACAGGCAGAGGAGCAGAAGACUGGUUUCUGCUGGUUCACGCUCCACACAGAGCCGGGGUUGUGCCUGCAGCUGGCUUUAAAGCAGUUGUCACCAGGGGUUCGCGUGGAGCCAUGCAGCUCUGCCGUGUUGCAGUUUAGUGUGGAAGAGAUUGGCCAACUGGUUCCACUUCUGCCUAACCCCUGCACACCCAUCAGCACUACACGCUGGCAGACAGAAGACCUCGAUGGCAACAAAGUGCUCUUCCAGGUGAAAACCCCAGCUCAACCUCAGCGACCUCUGACCUGUGCUUUCCCCCUGACCUGCCCCAACGUGUCCCCUAGAGGAAUGCCGCUCCGGAGCUCGGGACAGGGCCACAGCCUGUCGCCCUGCAGCCUCACUACUCCCCUGCCCUGGCAAACACACAGGCAAGGUCACAGGCCGCGCAGUGACCCUGUCCUGGAGAAGCUUCAUGGAGUAGGAGGUGGAACAGAGAGCCUGGGAUCAGGAAGCUGCUGUAGCACCCCUCCAGGCAGCUCUUGUUACUCAUCUCAGCGCAGCAGCCCCGCCCUGCCCUCAAUCUCCAAUCACCCCGACUCUCCUCUGCGCCCCUCUAUCACCCGUUCUCUCUCCCAUCUCCUUCUGGAAGAGGACGAGGAGGAGCCAGAAACCAACGUGGACACGGGAGUCCCUGUCUCACCCCGCUCUGACCCAUCAGUCAAAACGAUUACUCGUUCUUCCUCCAUAGACCUUUUGAUGACUUUCCACUCUGAGAGACCUGCAGCUGUUGGGGCUUCAGCUGUCGAGAGUCUGGCCAAGGAGUUGAGCGAGUGUCUGCCACAGACACACACAAACCCCAGGGGACCCUUCAGGACUUGGGGCUCUGCUGGUUGCACAGAUGGCGCCAGGGAGGGUUGUGGCAGCAGGGCCAUAGGAGCAGGACAGAGUCUCUCCAAAGGACCCAUGGUAGAAAAUAGGACAAUGGCUGAGCUGCUAUCAGCACGCACAAACGACGAGGAGCCAGUGGAUGAGUUCUUCAUUUAAAUUCCUGCCUCUAUGCCACAUGCUGUAGUAAUAAUUACAGUGCAAUUAAAAACACAUCAUAUGGAGAAGAUGAGAAACCCUUUCAAGAGGACCUGAGGUCAAACAGGAGGACAUGUAGUCUGAUUAAAGAGCAGUGCUCUGGAACAUAGAGGAAACCAAAGUUCAGCUGCAGGAGACUUUUUCCACUCAAAAUAUCUUGAUGUAUAAAUUCUUAAAAUGGUUCAACUUGUCCCAUAAAUCUCCACAAUGUACAGUACCAGAGUAACUGCGCACAUCUUACUCUUAACAGACCUGUUAAGAGGGCAGGUGAGUGAUAACAUUGAGGUAAUAAGAUUGUUGAAUGUCCAAAUUACGUUUGUGAUAUUUUGAUCAUACUAAUCAUUUGUGCAGCUAUUGUGCUAACUUCUAGCAAACAUGAAGGUCAUGAUUUGUAUUUUAAGUGUUACUGUCAGGGUACUAAUGCCGGUCUAGGUUUCUGUCACAUUACUCAGCUAGGAAAGCUGAUGUCUUAUUUUUAGAUUGCCUUUGAAAAAGAUGAAGAUGACCUCAGCAUGAAGGAGCUCUUUGAUGUCGCUGAUCAUGAUUAGAAAUUUGAUUUAGUAUGAUGACUCUCCACAGCACAGCACUGUCUGUGUAGCAGAUCUGAAACUAGACUCUGCAUAGUAAAAGUAUAACCUAGUGGCUUUGAUUACAUUUAUUUAAAUGCACUUCAAAUAAUCCUUGUUCUAGUAUUUGUGCAUUGUCAUGUAGAUGUGGACUAGACCUGGCCAAAUUACUGUAUUGAAGACAACUGAAUUCUCUCAGAUAAUUAGAUAGUGUAAACAGGAUUUUCUGAAUAACUACUCAAAGAGAACAUGUGGACUUUACAAAAAAU